AUGGCGUCGGGGUGCCGGAUCGGGCCGUCCAUCCUCAACAGCGACCUGGCGGCGCUGGGCGCCGAGUGCGGCCGCCUGCUGGACUGCGGCGCCGACUACCUGCACCUGGACGUGAUGGACGGCCACUUCGUGCCCAACAUCACGUUCGGCCACCCCGUCGUGGAGAGCCUGCGCAGGCAGCUGGGCCAGGAGCCCUUCUUCGACAUGCACAUGAUGGUGGCCAGGCCCGAGCAGUGGGUGCAGCCCAUGGCUGUGGCGGGCGCCAACCAGUACACCUUCCACCUGGAGGCCACCGACAACCCGGGCGCGCUCAUCAAGGACAUCCGCGAGAACGGCAUGAAGGUGGGGUUGGCCAUCAAGCCUGCGACUACCGUUGAACAAUUGGCUCCGUGGGCCAAUCAAAUUGACAUGGCUUUGGUGAUGACAGUAGAACCUGGAUUUGGAGGGCAGAAAUUUAUGGAAGACAUGAUGCCAAAGGUUCAGUGGCUGAGGACCCAAUUUCCCUCACUUGAUAUUGAAGUGGAUGGCGGAGUGGGGCCUGACACCAUCCAUAAAUGUGCAGAGGCAGGUGCAAACAUGAUCGUAUCUGGCAGCGCCAUUAUGAAGAGCGCAGACCCCAGGUCCGUGAUCAAUCUCCUCAGGAACGUGUGCUCAGAGGCUGCUCAGAAGCGGUGCCUGGACCGAUGAGACCUGCCCAAGCAGCGGUCAAGGCCCUGCGCGCGCAGGGAGCCCGGGUUUCUCGAGCAUAAGGGAGGGCUGAAUGAUGUUAAUUGUGGAAACGUGCUGCUGCUGAACAGAAAAAUCAUUCCUUUGCUGCACUGGAGAAAGCAGCAGUGAACAAACAUUGUGGCUGUUUUUCAGGAUUGGAAAUGCAAUGAUUCGAACCUGUCUCUUGAUUCUGUGGAGGCUAGUUUUGUAGUACAACCUGUAAUGCUGACUGGAAUGAACUAAAGGUCAGUCAGUUUUUGCUUGCUAGAGGAAUGUAGCAUCACAACAUGCGAUUUGUUGUGGAAGACUCUAAUGCAGCUGCCUUCUGCUGUUUGUAUUUUGUCGUUUGAUCUGUGCA